ACAGUGUUUUAGUCAUGGCCGACGACUGCAGAAGACAGGCGUUCGAACUGGAGAGAAGGAUUUUUGAGUUGGACAAUAAGUGCGCCAGCCUCAGAACCGAGAAACAAGAUGAUGACUAUUUACAGAAUGCUUCUUCGAUACUAGACAAGUUGAAAAGCUUUUACAGACAAGGGGGGGAGAGUAACAGUCUGCCUAAACUGCUUCAGGAUUACACUCAGGUGAUCCUGGACAUCACAUUCUAUGAGGAAAACAAGCUGGUGGACCAGGAGUUCCCAGAGGACUGCUCACCCUUUAAGAUCCAACAGCUGCUGCAGGACCUCACAGAGCCAGAGGUGUUGGCCGGUAGACUUGUCCCGGCCCAAGAGGUGCAGUCAGUGCUGGGGCUAGAGGUGUUAGAGUGCCUCUACUGGAGACGUGGAGCACUGCUUUACAUGUACUGCCACACACUCCACCAACGUAAGCAGUGGAUCAAGAAGAACAAAGCCACUUUCCUCAAGUGUCUUCAGGAGGGUGUACGUUACCUAAUGAGGAUGCUGCAGGUGAGGAACUCCAUGAAGCUCAACGAUGGGGUGGUGUUUCACGACUCUGCAACCGCUAACUUCCUGGCUGAAGGCAUCUUCUCAGACACCCACCUGCUGACGAUGAUGUACAUAGGGGAGAUGUGUUUCUGGGCAGUGAAGUACGAGGACUGCAGCGUGGAUUCCACGGAACGCAAAGAGGACCGGCUUCACUUCCGGGACAUUGGGACGCAGAUCCUGCACAAAUACGUGCUUGUCUGUGACGGCCCUCUUCAGGGCCAGGGCUGGAACACAGAGAAUGCCAAGGAAAUCUUAAGUAUUUUACAGUGAACCAGGGAGGGCUAUGGGUACAAGUUUCCUUUAGGCACUGAUCUAGGAUCAGAUUAUCAAACCCCACAUUGUAAUGCUAAGCAUUACGGGAGGAGGAAUCUGAUGGAUUAGUUUCUAGGGUGAACUUCUUUCUCUUCUGAAAGGCUCCGGCUGACUGAUGGGAUGAAGUUUGGGGCAAGGGUAGGUAAAGAAUGAAAGAGUAGGGAGGGAUGUUAAUGAAAUGUGAGUCUCCCCAUCUCCUGCAAGAAGCACUUAUCUUCCAGAUUUCAGACUGUUGGUUGGGCAUGUGUUUUGCUCUGAGAAUGUGGUAGAAUAAUAAUUAUAUUAAAAUAAGAUUAUUAACUAAUUAAAUUGUAAAUUUAAAAAAAAAAAAGUAUUGUUUGAAGAUAAAUCAUAAUCUAGCUUGUAAUGUAACAUUGCACAGCAACUGUUUUUUAUUUAUUGUUUUAAUUAUUUUUGUUAUGUUUUAAAUUAAUUGCAUUUAUAUAUAUAUUGAGGGGGGGGGUACACAGAGUUGGUGACUGAAUUAUUCAUGACCAUUUUCGAGUAUGUACAGUUUUUUUUUGUUGAAACAUCUGCUUUGUAAUAUGCAACUUUUUUUUUUUUUUCUUAAAGAAAAUUGACCUCACUUGGACAAAUAGUAAUGUCCCAGUGACAGGAACUUUGAUAUUUUGAUAGUAUGCAUUUAAAUGCAGAUUCUGUGUUCUUUUUGGAAGAAAGAAAAAAACAUUUCAUUUUUUUUUUUGUCGUCAUUGAAAAUAAAUAUGUUGGAUUAAAAUGUGUAGUAAAAAACAACUACAAUAACCACAAUGCACCUCUCCCACAAGGUAGUGAGUGGGGAAUUUUUGUAAACUCGGAGAAUGAUCGAGGCCUCUAGUGGUCAAAAGGCAGAUUUAGCAUGGGCAGCGCCAUUGAGGGCUUCCGCCGUUUUAAAGUAGUCAACUGAGUGGGGAUUCCUAUGGGUUGUAGCCAUAAUGGUGCUGCCCAUUCUAUCACAGACAUAAAAAUUACUAUUCUCUGGCGGUAACAAGAAAUGUCAGAUUUGCUUUCAACUUCUAUUUCACAGUACCGAUUUGAGCUUUGAUAAGUGAUGUUUAGCACAUUGAGGAUAGCUUAGACGCUUUAUUGUCACAUCGAAAGGAGGUGGAAGGAAGUCAGUUGGUGGAAGUCUCAGACAGUUCAGAGACGGGUGCUUCAGUGGAAGGAAAUACAUCAAUCAAGAGCAUGCAUACACCAGUGAAAAUGCACAGGCAGGCUUUUGGGUCUGUUUACCCGGUUACGUUCUUAACAAAUAGUAAUUACUCAAAUGGACGACUACAAAAGGCUCAAGCCAAGUUUAUUUAUCCCAUUGGGUCAUACAGCUGCAGAGACAAAAUACAAGUUACACAAGCGUAUAUACUGAACAAAAACAAAUUAUUUUAAUGAGUUACAGUUUAUAUAAGGAAGUCAGUUAAUUGAAGUAAAUUCAUUAAUCCCUAAUUGAUUUCACAUUACUAAGAAUACAGAUAUGCAUCUUUGUCACAAAUACCUUAAAAAGGAGUGGUGUGGAUCAGAAACCAGUCAGUAUCUGGUGUGACCACCAUUUGCCUCAUGCAGCGCAAUCUCCUUUGCAUAGAGUUGAUCAGGUUGUUGAUUGUGGAAUGUGCCACUCCUCUUUAAUGGCUGUGCGAAGUUGCUGUAUAUUGUUGGGAACUGGAACACAUUGUCGUACACGUCAAUUCAGAGCAUCCUGAACAUGGGUGACAUGUCUGGGCGGGGAGGAAGAGAGCCAGUGUGAAGCAGCAGAGUCUCAGCAGCAACCUCUUAAUCCUGGAAAGAACGGACCAAUCAGGACAGCUAUAUUUCAGUCCCGCCCCUCAGGUCCAGGAAGUAUGUCAGGAGGUGGAUGAGUUCAUCUAUGUGGCCAAUGCAGAGACAAGAAGAGGUAACACCAAGACUCCAACACAUUCCUCAUACUUGCUCCUAUUCCUAGGCCCUUGUUGCCAGCCAGAUAAUCUUGUCAAGCUAUCGCAACAUCAGGCUGGUUCCACCAGGCUACCUUCCAGGACCAGAUCCAGGGAAAGAUCAGGCUCGUUCCACCAGGCUACCUUCCAGGACCAAAUCCAGUGAAAGGUGGUGAGGGGGAGGCGUCUCAGAUCCAGGCAUUGGUGGACCCUGCCUAGUGUUCAUCCUCCAGAACCCUCCUUGUCCUGACUUUUGUGUCCGGAGAGGAACCAGACCCAAUCAGAACCACUAGUCCCAGUAAUGCUAGAUUAAAGACCAGGACCCCCAGUGUGGAUAUUGCACAGAGGCUCUGCCUGUGCCUGCUGCCCAACCCCUGGAUUGUCUGUCUGUGUAGUGUCUGUCUGUCUCUGUGUAGUGUCUGUCUAUGUAGUGUCUGUCUGUCUAUGUAGUUUCUGUCUGUCUAUGUAGUGUCUGUCUGUCUCUGUGUAGUGUCUGUCUAUGUAGUGUCUGUCUGUCUAUGUAGUUUCUGUCUGUCUAUGUAGUCUGUCUGUCUGUCUGUCUGUGUGUCUGUCUGUCUGUGUAGUCUGUCUGUCUGUCUGUCUAUGUAGUGUCUUGUCUGUCUGACUUACCUUUAUUUAACUAGGCAAGUCAGUUAAGAACAAAUUCUUAUUUUCAAUGAUGGCCUAGGAACAGUGGGUUAACUGCCUGUUCAGGGGCAGAACGACAGAUUUGUACCUUGUCAGCUCGGUGAUUUGAACUUGCAACCUUCCGGCUAUGUAGUGUCUGUCUAUGUAGUAUCUGUCUGUCUCUCUGUGUAGUGCUUGUCUGUCUGUGUAGUGUCUGUCUGUCUGUUUAUGUAGUCUCUCUGUUUGUCUGUCUGUCUAUGGUCUAUGUAGUCUGUCUGUCUGCUGGGCUGCUCUGGUCUCAGGCUGUAGCUAUCUGUCAGAGGAUCCUGUCUGCUGGGGGGCUGUGGUCUCAGGCUGUAGCUAUCUGUCUAAGGAACUACCUUUAGCACAAAUGCUUCUGAAGGAAUGUUCUACCUCUGAUGUGCCUUGUUUCAAUGAAUCGCAAAAGAAAAAGUCAUUAUUGGGUAAAUAUUAUUUAAUAACCCUGUAGUAAUUUUUUUGUGAAUAAGUAGUGGGUUGUGAAACAAAACAGAAGUGAAGAGAACUACUGUUUAACUGUAGCUACGGUACUUUAGUGAAGAUAAUGAAGGGUUUUGGUUAUCACAUUAUUUUCUUCUACUACUACUGCGUAGUUUAGAAGCAUUUAGAAUCAUAUUGAUGUGACAAGGAAUUAUGGGUAAAAAAAUAUAUACCUUUAUUUCAGCAAAUCAUGCAAUUUUCUUUCAUUUCUUUCAUAUAAGUUAUUUUUUUUUUAUACUCCAAAGUAUUAUGCUUUUAUUUUCUUUCAUUGUUUAAAUUCAUGUUCUAAAUUACCACUGCACAAGUUGUUAUUAAGCAACUGAAAGCCUUUGGUGGGUCACAGCACAGAAACGUUGGUGAGCUGUGCGUCUGGAACAGUGAAAGGUGUUUGCUUCGUAGUCAAUCAGUAGUUCACAGGCCAACCCUUUAAUUUCUUCCUUAAUCUGCACCAUGAAAAACAACAAGAAAAGAAGAAAAAAUGGACAGGUGAAACAUCUCUCCACUAGGCACCUGUAUUCCUUCUACUGUGUUUUCAGAUGAGCGCAGACUGGAAGGAGAGGAGACAGAGGAAGUCAUUUUAAAGUAUUGAGAUGCACCCCUCUGGCUCAGGCAGUGGUACAACAUGCUACUCCAAGUUCUCUGUGGUUAUUUUCCUCUGAGGUCAGCAUUGGCACACUAAACUGAAUUCACAUCUGUCUGAUGGGGGGAGGACAAUGUUCCUAUUUACACCACAAUGUGGCAGGCCUGCUCCUGCUUCUCAGGGCCAGGGGAAGCUGUAGAAUGUAGACUAGUUGCAGCUUGGUUUACUACGUUUUGGGCAUGGGGGUUGCGCUGUGACCCCCCUGAAAACAAAUUAAAAUGAAAACUCAAACCAUACAUUUCUAAACACAAUCAAGAAUGUACUGUAGCAACCCUGUGUUUAUAAGCACCAAUAUCAACUCUGCCACAUGAGCACACUUUUGUGGCACAGCACGAUGGGCUAUGGCCGGAAGGUUGGCGGUUUGAAUACCACCACGGACAAGCUCACUUUCCCUGCUUGUUAACUGUUGAUAAAAGUAUGGAGGUUAUUGUCUGAUACAAUACAUUAGAGCUGGAAUCCUUAAUAGUGAAACUGCCACAUCCGUUUCGGAUAUUACAACAACAAAGAAGUUAUUGCAAACAACUAACACUUUACCCCCUCGCUUGGACAAUAUGGCAGAAUUUGUGCUGCAGUUUUAGCAUGCUGCUCAACACUCAUCACCUUUGUUUUGUCUACAAUGUCUUCUUUCAUAAAUCAUGUUCAAUUACAGCACUUGAAAAUUG